AUCUGCUGUCACUGUCACAAUUGUUUAUUGCCGAAUUGCGUAAUUUAAAAUUAUUAAAAAUUCUAAAGAAAUGUGUUUAUAAUAAAUAAAUGAAAUAUAAAAUUUUCCAAUAAAAUCAUAAAUUUUACGUUCUGCUUAAUAAAUUUUAAACCGGUGUAAAUUAUUAGUAUUUGGAAUGUUAACCAGGCUUGGUGCGCGUUGUUUUUCUACGGAGGCAUUGAAAGUUGUCAACAAUGUAUCUAAGCAACAGUUUCAAGUAACGAUGGGUGAUUCUGAUGCAGUGUUGAAGUAUGACAAACAAGGAAAGCAUAUAACAUUUUGCCACACUGAAGUUCCACCUGUCUUCCAAGGUAAAGGAGUAGGAAGCAAGUUAGCUAAGUAUGCCUUUGAAUAUGCACUGGAAAAUUCUUUGAAAGUGACUUGCCAAUGUCAUUUUUUGGCUAACUAUUACAAGAAUCACCAAGACGCAUACAAGAACAUAAAUAUUAAGUUUGACUUGGAGGAUGUUGUAAACAAGUAACUUUAACAAAAUAAACAAUGGACUUGGCUUGGAUAAGGUGUAAUAUAUAUUAUUAUUUCAGAGAAAAAUGUUUUGGUAAUGCUAAAAAACUUGCUGAGAAAGCCUCAAAACAAUAUGGUGAUGCUGCAGAGUUUCUAUUUUAUAGCGGUCUGGCCAGUAUACUGGAAGGCCAAGUACAAAAAGGCAUCAGUGAGCUAACUCCCUUGCAAUCUGAGAAAGAUCUUCAAUUGGCUGUUGUUAUAGCUCUAAUAUAUGGUUAUAAACUCAGUAGUCCUACUGAAAGGGAAGCCCUCUACAGCCUGGAGUCCAAACUUAAAGAAGAGAAGAAGCAAGCUGGCACUCUGUCUUUCUAUUAUGCCGGUUUAUUUUUAUCUUUUGCUGAAAAGUAUGAAAAAGCUUCAGAGUACAUCAAUAAGUCAUUGAGGAAAGAUGCCAAUAAUUUGGAAGUAAUUAUCUUGAAAGGCUGGAAUGACAUGUACAUGAAUCUAGGAGACAUGCAAGUGUCUAUAUUGGAUUGCUUGGAGUUAGCUCUCAGCAAAAGUGAUAGAAACAUUGAAGCAUUACUAGGAUUGGCCAAGUUUAAAUAUUUCUCCAAAGAUUAUGAUGCAUCAAAUCUAACUUUAGACCAACUGAUUGUGAAUAAUCCAGGUCAAGUUGUGCCUUUAGUAGAGAAAAUGAAAAAUGAAUUUGCUUUGCAAAAAUGGGAUGCAGUUUAUGAUACGAUGGAAAGAAUAUUUCCGCUUGAUCCAGAAAAUAUUGAGGCUUUGAAAAUUAAAAUUUUUAUUGCUCUUUGUAAGAAUGCUGAUUAUAUAGAAGCAGCUGAUCAGCUAAACAAGUUCUUUGCUGUGUUAGAGAAUGAAGAACCUCACAAUGCAUAUCAAUUUUACCAUACAACACAGAUAUUCUCAAGGGCUUGUGGCAGGUCUAGUGCUGUGCUUUCACAGGUGUAUAGAUUUGCGCAGUAUGCCUCAGAAAUGUAUCCAGGUAAUGUGGAUUACUUAAGCGAAGUUGGUUAUCAAUGCAUUCUUCAAGGAAAGUACAAAGAUGCUCUCAGCUUUUUCAAAGCUGCUAGCAAACUAGAUAGUAAUUCCAUUACUGCACUAUGUGGGUUAACACUUUGUCAAAUGAAUGAGCAUGGCCCUACGGAACAGAUAGCUCAGCAGAUAGAACUCUUGUUUGAAAUGCAGGGAAGCACCAAGCUUCCAGUUUUGUACCAUUUAUCAGCACAGCUGAACUUGAAGAAUUCGUCCAGUGCAAUAUCAUUCUUGAACAAUGCUUAUGAAACUAAAAUUGCCUAUGCAAAUCGCAAUCCCUUCAGCUUAGCAUAUGUGAAGAAUUUAGAUCCAGAUUUCCUACUGGAAGUCUAUAAGGAAUAUAAGAAACAUCUGCCUAAAAAGCCGUUUAUAAUAGUGGGAUACUUGAUGUAUUCGCAAGAAGUUAAAAAUCCAGUUGUCACACAUUGUCUGAAGUUGCUAGAUGCUAUAUGUGUAGCAUGUCCUGGGUUGAUAACUGCUUUAUACGAGUUGGCGAAGCUGAAGUUUUUGUUUGGCUAUGCAAGUGACGCUAUGAAGUUGGCGCAGCAAGUCAAUGAGCUAGACAGCACCCACGCUGGCAGUCAGGUCCUCCUUGCUCAGAUAUUGAUACAACAACAAGCUUAUACUAAGGCUGCACAGAGUUUAGAAAUGUGUUUGAGCUAUAACUUCAAGGUACGGGACAGUGCUAUGUACCACCUUCUCAAUGGAGUCAUUUUAAAAAGUGCGGGACAACUAAAGGAGUCCCUAUCUAGUUUCUUAACUAGUCUGCAAAUUGCGACGAACAAGAAUGUGGUUGGUAACGUAAACAGAGCAUAUGAGUCCGAUUUAAAUAUUAUUGAUAAAGCCACUUUGUAUUUACAAAUAAUAGAAAUACAAACAGAGUUGGAACAGUUUGCCGAAGCUGGGAAAACAAUGCAGGAAGCGAUACAAGAAUUUUCGUACACAUCUGAAGAAAGCCGACUGCUAAUUGCUAGGGCUGAUUUAGCCCUCAAGAAAGGGGACGUUGACAGUGCAAUAGACCUUCUCAACGAGAUUAAGCCUGGCCAGCCCUAUUACUUCCAAGCCCAUAGCAAAAUGGCCCAUAUCUAUUUGAAGGAGAAGAAUGAUCGAGCGAUGUUCACGUCGUGUUUUAAAGAGAUCGUUAGCAACCACCCCAUGGCAGACGCUCGCACUAUGAUGGGCGAUGCUUAUAUGUCGAUACAUGACCCGACUCAAGCAGCAGAAGCGUAUGAAGCAGCUUUGAAGAGUAAUCCAAAGGACGUGCAGCUUGUGAAGAAGCUGGGAGUGGCUCUAGUCAAGAUGCACGAGUAUGACAAGGCGUGCCAGCAUUAUGAGAGCGCGAUUAGACUUCUCAAUGAUGAGGACUUGCAGUUUGAAUACUAUGAUCUUCUGAUCAAGCUCAAACAGUAUGAUAAAGUGGAAUCAUCAAUCUCUUCAGAACUGAACCAGAUGUACAAUAGAGAUAAAGAUAUCAACCAACUAAAGCGCAGAGUCCGCUUGCUACUGAUGCAAGCGAAAGGGCGAGAGCUUAAAAACCCGACUUCAGCCAAUGUGAAUCUCUUACUAGCUGAAGCAAAAGAUAUACAGAGUAAUUUGGUGAAAAGAAUAGAGAUUGACUCAAGAGGAGAUGUACAAGAAGAGAAGCAGCAGUUGUCUAGUAUACUCUGUGCUUUGGCUAAAGUGAAGUCUUUGAAAGAGCCGGCCGUGGCAGCUAAUCUGUACUCUGAAGCGCUCGUUCACGUUCCAAGGGAUCCCAAUACGCUAUUGGCUUUGGCUAAGUUGUACGCUAAUAUAAAUAACUCCGAGAAAUGUGAACAGACUUGUGCAGUUUUAUUGAACACAGAUCCUAACAAUGAGUCAGCGGCUGUUAUGAUGGCAGAUCUUGCAUUUAGAAAGGUGGACUUAGAAGCAGCUCAGCGCCACUUGAACCAGAUCCUAUCAGUUAAACCAAUGAGUUGGGAAGCUCUCGCGCAGCUGAUCGAAGUGCAGUGGCGACGUGGAAGACUGUCUGAUGCUGAACAGGCAUUGGAGACGGCUAAGUCUGCAUUAGGAGAACAGGAGGAUCCUGGGUACAGUUACUGCGCGGGGGUGUGGCACGCGUACUCGGGUCGCGCGAACGCGGCGCUGCGGCAGCUGAACGCGGCGCGGCGGUGCGCGCGGUGGGGGGGGCGCGCCGCGCGACGCAUGGCCCUGCUCUGUCUCGCGCACCACGCGCCACACGCACUGCACGACUCCUUCCUCGCCGCGCCACUACACUCGGAGACCAGACUUCUAGCACUAAAAACAGCGGAAAAACUCCUAGGAGAAGUGCCACCGCUGGACCGCAAGUCCCUACAGGCGAUGUUACAGCUGGCCACCAAACAAAAGCCUCAAGCGGAGAAGGUGCUGCAAGAAAUACUUCCACUAGCCACAGAAGACAACUACCAGGAUGAUCCAUACUUGAUUUUGGCUAUAGCUAAUGCGUAUAACAUUAUAAAACAACCCACUCGAGCGAAGAACAUAUUAAAAAGGACAAUUUCUUCAAUACCGUGGUCUCCUGAGAAAGCGGAUGGUUUGGAAAAAUGUUGGCUGGAAGUAGCAGAUGGUCAGAUAAAUUCUGGGAGGUUAGAUGCGGCAAAGGAACUGCUUACCAAAGUGUUAAAUCAUAACAACUCUUGCGCAGCUGCAUAUCAGUACUUAGGUUACUUAGCAGAAAAAGAGCAGAAUUACAAGAGCGCUGCCCAUAACUACAACAAUGCAUGGACUCACGGUGGUAAAAGCGAUCUCGCAGUUGGAUACAAACUGGCUCAUGCCUACCUCAAGCUGAAAAAGUACCCAGAAUGCAUUGUUGUCUGCCGGCACAUACUAAAAGUGCAUCCAGAUUAUCCAAAAAUAAAAAAAGAAAUAUUAGAAAAAGCUAAAACUAAUUUGAGAACCUAAAAAGGAGUAAAAAGAGCAAAAAGAAUUGUACUGUAUUUAGUUUUAAUACAUCUUGGGCACGGUUUUUCAAUUUAAGUACCAUAAUUAUUACUAAUGAGUUACUUUAUAGAGAAUAUGUUUUAGGAUUAUUAUUAAUCCUUAAUUUUAGUUUACGAAUAAAAUUGUUUUGAUUGAAAAACUUGCCCAAAUCAAAUUAUAUGUUUUAAAACAUGUCUUUGGUCGAAAUUUUACUUAUGUAAUCCGUCCAUUGUUGUUUCUUCAAAAAUCUAUUUGGCUAUUAAAGUUGCAUUAUUGUUUACAUUUAUAUUGUCUUUUAAUAAGAGUAACAUUAUAAUAAAUAGGUUAUUAUAGAAUAAUGUUAAGCACAAUCAGAAAAAACAUGUAACAUGCAUAAAUAUAUUUUAUUUCAAUUUAAUUCACUCAGUUGUGACAUUUAUUUUUCAUUUACUUUUAUUUUAUUGAAACAUUAAUCAAAAAAUACUGUUCUGUAUCUACGCUACUUGAUAACCUUUGAUUGGUUAGUCAUCUUUGUUUUCUUCUUGUUCUAAAAUGGUCUUGAAACAGAAUGGCUGGAAGAUGUAUCCCAGACCCGAGUAGAACUUGCUCAUGAACUCCACCCUGGGUAAAGAAAAAAGAGUUUGUAUUAGUGACUAGCAGCUCGCCCCUGCUUCGCACGGGUCUCGUCAUCUCGCUUACGAUGAAAGGGCGCCCUAUUAGCCAAUUCUCCCCUCUACUUUUCUAAAAUUUUCUUUCAGAACCUUCUCUUGACAAUAACACACAACUAAAAAAAAUCAGUAGAAUUGAUUUAUGCGCUUGCGAGUUAUUGAGUUAUGCGCUUACCAACACAUUUUGCGAUCCAUUUUUAUAGAUUAGUGUAAAGUCACAUGGUUUUUACACAUCUUACAAUAAAAAGUGAGAUUAAAGAAUGCUUGUAGAUAAAGAAUUUUGUAUUGAACAGCAAUUUAGUAUAUAUAAUAGGUUACUCGAUAAGUUUUCAAUGCAUUAUUAUCUAAGUUUACAUGGCAUACAUUACCAAAGACAAACCAACUAAAUUAUGUACCAAAGAAUCUUUGUGUAACUGAUUUAAAAAAGUAACCAUGGAGUUUCUUGCUCGUUCUCCAUCGGAAUCCAAACUUUGGAAUGAACAAAUGGCUUCACUAAGAGGACUGACCGGUAGACUUUAUCUUUAAAGUUUUGUUUGACGUAAAAGUGCCUGUAAGGGUCUAAUUGAAAUAAAUGAUUUUGACUUUGACAUUUGACAAAAAGUUGUAAGUUACCAGUGCAAACGCAGCGUGUGAAGGAAGGCGGAGAGCCCUUCCAUCAUGACGAGGAUGGCAAGUGUGAACAGCGCCCAGAAGCAGAACGCCACGUACAGCUUGAUGGCGCCGAUGUAGUCGUGGUCUUGCAGACCAAACUUCAACACCAUGUUCCAUAGCACCUCCGACAGUUC